AUUUAAAGAUAUUUUACUGCACUGUUUUAAUAGGUGGGGGUACAAAUUCUAGCUGGUAAGGGAACGUUAUUCUUAUCGGACACAAAAAGCUAUUAUACUUAAAAACCUUUGGUCAGCUGUAGGCAUGCGUUUUCUAUGAGAUGUAGGCCGCUUUGGAGAAAAGCGUCUACUAAAUGUUUUACAUAAAAAGUUCCCGAUUUCGCUAAAGUACUAUUCUGGCGUAAUAUAUACGUUGUUUACCUUCAGGAUUCAGAAAAACCAGGAAGGAAGAUGUUUACAUGUGUGCAAGUGCAGUGGAAAAUCUUAAAACUUUCAGCGUAGGCGGCGACGUGUAGCGAAAAAUUAAAGGUUUAACGGAGGCUAGAGCGACGACAGCGUUUCAUCGAGACCUUACAGCUGUAUGUCUGGGAGUGUGAACACAAACUUUCAACAAACGAGAGCGGCAUGGCACGCUGCUAACGCCUACAUCUUUCAAGCAGAGCUCGCUAAAUAAUUAGGGAGAGGAAUGGAAGGCGGGGCAUCCGUCCAGCCUGGGAGGAACACUUUGCUGGGCGUGAGGUUGUAACUUUGUCCUCAGACCGGCGAAAUCGAGCGCGCCCGCGGCGGGGCCUCGGGAAGGGAUGGCUGGUGGCAAAAGCGCUCAGUCCGCUUCAAUUCCGGGCCACUGAAUGACAAGAGAGAACAGGAGCUUCCCACGGGGAUCCAAGACCCACAACGCCGGACGUGUCGUGUGAUAUCGUGCGAUGCUGCGUGUCCGUAUGAGCCGGGGAACACAAGUGAAAGUUGCGGGGUUCGUCGGAGUACGCGCGCCCGUUUGAAGCGGCCCCAGCGCGGCCACACCCUCCUCCGCUUCCUAGUACGGGAGCCGUGGCGGGAGCGGUUCCCGGACAGCCCGCUCUCGAGCGCUUCCCUGGCGGAGUUUUCGACGGCAAACGAGGCGCUCAGAAGUUCCGCAGUGUGCCGCUGCCGGAAAGGCAGAGAACAGUGCUGUGAUACAAUGGAGAGGAACGCGGAGCCCCUGCAACCGCGCCGCCGCCGCAGGACGAGGGUAGGAUCGCGUCUAGUUUCUGCCUGAGGAAGUCGGCGCGCGCGCGCAUGUUAGAUAUGCGCGUGGGAACCGGACGCGCCCAACCAACCAGUAACCGUCGCGGGAUCCUGCGUGAGAAAGACGAACCGACUAGAAGCCGAAGGACCCCUACGCUCGGCGCGCUCUCGCUGCCGCCCGCGCUCCGCCGGAGGCUUUUAUUUUGGAGGCUCGAUGGGACGAUGGUGCAGGAAAGGCGCGGCGUUCCGGGCGAGGUCAAUCGGAACUGCUCGGGUGGCGGCGGCUGUGUGAGAAGGGCUAUGAAAGAGCCCCCCAGUGCUGGCAGGGUGGUCGGAAAGAGCCGGGGAGUCGAGCUCCCGAGAGCCCGCCCAGCCCCAGCGAGAGCUGCCGUGUGCGGUGCCGCAGACACCGAAUAAAACACGAAGUAACGGGAAGGGAGGGAGAGAGAGAGAGGCAGGCAGGGUGCUGGUGGGGGAAGCGGACACGACGAGGUUCCGAAAAUCACCUCAGAGCGUGUUCACGCCACAGACUUCACAUACUGCCCGUUUCAGCCACAUAACCCAUCAACCAAGUCAACAUAUUUUAAAAAGUCUUCAAUUUGCCUUAAUAAUUGGGGGCAGUCUGGUGGCACUGUGUCUGGUUAUUUAGGUAGCGUUUGUCUUAUUGUUCAGUCCACUAUUGUUAAUUCAUUAAUACAGCUUGUUAACUGAGUAAAACCUGUAAGUAACCAGUCCUGUUGUAAACAGUUUGUCAGUUAAGGGCAUUUUACUGGGGAAGGUUUCACACUUUGCAGAAAAGUACGUGAAUUAUAGCUAAAUGUUGUCACCUGAAGGGCGUUUCAGUUGCAGUUUCUUACUAAGUCUUAUUUUAACCUUUUCUUACUCAAUUUUAAACAGCUGUCUUUCAGCUGACUUUUGAGGGCCAAGCCGCCACAGAAAAUACAAAAGAAACAGAUUUGCAAUUAGUGAAAUAAAUGUGCUUUGUGUUACCUGCUGCUCACUUGUCAAAGUUGGAAUCUUAGUUGCCUUUUUUGGGGUCAUUUUGUGGGGGGGAAAUGUUUAGUUCAAUGUUUUACUGUCUAAAGCUUACAACAAGCAGCUGAUAUUAUAGCUACAAGGAAGGAUAACAAGGUAGUUUACGUGGAAAGCUUAGUGUCUUAUUUCUGCAAACUUUUUUUUUUUUUUUUUUUUGCUAGUGAAGUAAUUUGGUUUUUAGGGGAAGAAAUGUCUUAAGGUACAAGGUAUCAGUGGAGCGCGUGGUGUAACCUGUCUUCACAGAAGUGCAGGAACAGCGAGAGCAGCCUACUAUGGCCAGUGGUGGCUCGGCUAAGUCUGCUAGCGAGGGUUCGAGCAGCAUUCUGAGCGGCAGCCUUCAGCAGAGGAAGAAACUCGUCUCCGUCUGUGACGCGUGUAAGGGCAAGAUGCAGCUGGUGGCUGACCUGCUCCUGCUGUCCAGCGAAACGCGACCCGUCACAAGCGGCGAGGGCUUCGCGGUCGCGGAGACGUUCGAACAGUGCAGAGACACCGUGAUCGCCAGGACCAAGGAGCUGUCGAUCCUGACGCACGAUAUCCAGAGUCAGCUAAACAUGGGCAGGUUCAUGGAGGUUGGUGACCGCCUGCUGGAAAUGGGGGACUUGGUGGUCUCGCUGACAGAGUUCUCGGCCCACGCUGCUUACCUGGCUGCCGUGGAAAUGCCCGGCUCCCAAGCCUCUCUGCCCGGUUUGGUGGACCGAUACAAGGUGACCCGCUGCCGACAUGAGGUGGAGCAGAGCUGUGCUAUGCUCAGGGUGACCGCCCUGGCUGACCUGACCCCCCAGCUCCUGCUUGAGGUGUCUCAGAACAUCUCCAAAAACCUGAAGACCCUGACAGAUGCCUCCAUACAGGCCAGUGAGAAGUCCAAGGACAGGUUCGCCAAGGAGCAGUUCAAACUGAGUGUAAAGUGCAUGAGCACCAGUGCCACAGCACUCCUGGCCUGUGUGAAGGAGGUGAAAACUUCCCCAAGUGAACUGACAAGGAACAGGUGUGUGCUCUUCAGUGGACCCCUCGUGCAGUCUGUGAAUGCCUUGGUGGGCUUUGCCACCGAGCCUCAGUUCCUGGGCCGAGCAGCCACCAUCAGUCCCGAGGGCAAGGCGGUGCAGACAGCUAUCCUUGGGGGGGCAAUGAGUGUCGUUUCGGCGUGCGUUCACUUGACCCAGGGCCUCAGGGAUGUGUCCCAACUUCCGGAGAACAGCACAAAGAUGACUGAUUACCGGGAGCGCUUGCGGAACUCGGCCUGCGCGGUCUCGGAUGGCUGUAACCUGCUCUCUCAGGCACUAAGGGAAAGGUCUUCGCCCAGGACUUUACCGCCAGUCAACUCCCAUUCUGUGAAUUAGUACUUUCUAAAUAACAAAUCUUAUUUGUUAACAUUAAUUUUGUAUGCCAAAGAGAUUGACUGACUGGAUGCACCCUUUACAACAAUUUGAAGUGAAUGCAAAGAGUAGCAGGGAGGCUGCUGCUAAUGUGAGCAGUCAAGGGUUUUCUGCAGAGAGCUCAGAGUACAAGGUUUUCUCACACUGGUUGUGAUUGAAGCCUUUCUACAAGAAGCCAACCAAUAACCUUAAGAGAAUCAACCGUUGACCCCUCUCUUUGCAAGGAUAUAAUGAAUGAAAAUGCAAGAGAAGUUUACCUCAGUCUUCAGAUGGAUGUAGCUGCGCUCAUUUGACCUAUGACAUGGUGAUCUAUAGAAGUACAGAAUUUGUGUAAAUGUGGGGAGAGUGGCUUUGUAUGUGUUCCAUGUGUGAAAUGGGUAAAAGCUGCUGUGAAUGUGUGCUAUAGGUUUUACACUAUUUACCUGACUUACUAGUUUUUUAAUGUGUUUUGUUCAUGCAUGUAUUGGAAUAUUUAUUUCAAAUAUUAAAAUGGUUUUC